ACUAACACCACGUGAUCAUUCCUUGUCAUUGUUGUUGUUUGGGACGAGAACCAAAAUAAAUCUGAUUUUUUGUGCAUAAACCACGUAAAAUGUCGAACAAAAGCAGUACAACAAUUGAUGCGCGUACAGAAUUAGCGGAGUUAGUGAAACGCAAAGCCGAAAUAGCUGAAACAUUGGCGAAUUUAGAGCGACAAAUCUAUGCGUUCGAAGGCUCUUACCUGGAAGACACACAACUCUAUGGCAAUAUUAUCAGAGGUUGGGACAGAUAUCUCUCUAGCAAUAAAACCACGAACUCCAAAGCAGAUAAACGCAAUAGAAAGUUCAAGGAAGCUGAAAGAUUGUUCUCAAAGUCUUCCAUUACUUCUAUGGCAGCUGUUAGUGGUAUAGUUGAUACACAAGAAAAAACUGAGAGGCACAGUGACACUGAAUCACAAACAAAUGAAGAUUCCAGUGAUACCAACAUGGCCCCACUUAUCUCCAAUCACAUUGACUCAAACAUAAAAACAGCUGGCAAACAUUCAACUAAUUCCAAUACAAAUGGUACACCCAAUGGUCUGGAUAGAUCUAGUCCAGGAAGGGAAAUGUCUGCAAAACAGAAAAACUUCAGUAGUAGCAAUGCCAAGAAAAACAAUAACAAAAAAGCUAGACAUAGAUAGAAAACUAACAUGUUUCAAUAGAAUUAAUUUUUAAACAAUAAUCAAUAGGCUUCAAUAGUGUGUGGUACCUUGUGUAAUUUAUGCUUUCAAAUUCCUAUGUUCACUUUCAUAAAUUACACCUGGUAAUACAUACAUAUUUACAUAGUAUUUAUAACUUAAGGAAUUAAUGUAUGUAAGUGCUAAUUGUAAGCAUAACAAUAAAAGUAUGACAUGCAUAAGUGUAAACCUAAACAA